AUGGCCGUUGUGCCAACGAGGCUGAACGAUUGCGAGACAAAGAGGUCCGGCACAACCGUCGCUGGCAUUGUGUCACAGUGCCACACCGCACAAAGGCAGCUGUGCCGGUCAGUUCUGGACAGAAACACCAAGACGGGACGGCAUUUGUUCGCCGGCCAGCUAUGCGCCUGCUUUGGAUUCCGUCAUCUAAAGUAUACGUGCAGCUUCGGCAGCUUCACUCUCGGCUUCAAGGACACUCCCUGGCCCUCGACCCUACAGCACGCGGACAACGAUCAGUUCUUGGCGCUCUAUAAGCUGAGCCAGUCCUCCAUCCGAACAUGCGCCUCCACGAAUAUGCCUGCCGCCUCCCUCUUUGCCUUCGCCAGCCCAUAA